CUGAGUAUGUCGCUAGCGAACAGCUAGCAGGUUACGCAGUAGCAGUUUGACGUCGGACAGCCUCUUUAAAAUCGGACCAAUGCCUUAGAAAAGCUUCUCUGUUCGCACCCAUCUUGUAAUACGAGCGCUGCCCGUUGAGGCCAGCGGUCGGUGCUCGGUAGAAGAUCGGGAUAAAGCGGAUGAUCUUAGCGUACCGCUGCUCGUCGGUCACGGUCUCCGUUUUUGGCCGAGCUAGCUAACGAGCUAGCAGAGCUAGCUGUUCAAUAGCUUUUAGCGCCGCAAUGGAUCCAUAAAGGAAGCCCAGACUCUGCAUGGCGUCGGAUUGGCAGCAGCGGGAGUGAGCAGCCAAUCAGCUGAGGACACCGGUAGCAUCAUGGCAUCUCGUCAGAGAAACUCUGUCCGGAUCCUGUCCAGCCGGGAGCGCGGCUCGCAGACCUUCGGCUCGCAGCGCCUCCUGCAGCUCCUGGUGGAGGAGAAAGUCCGCUGGAUGAAAUGGCAGAGUCAGAAGGUGGAGCUGCCGGACAGCCCUCGCUCAACGUUCCUGCUGGCCUUCAGCCCUGACAGGACCCUCAUGGCUUCGACCCAUGUCAACCACAACAUUUACAUAACAGAGGUGAAGACUGGAAAGUGCCUACAUUCCUUAGUGGGCCACCGUAGGACCCCCUGGUGUGUGACCUUUCACCCCACAAUUCCUGGCCUGGUGGCCUCUGGGUGCCUUGAUGGCGAAGUCCGGAUCUGGGACCUGCAUGGCGGGAGUGAGAGCUGGUUUACCGAGAGCAACGUUGCCAUCGCCUCCCUGGCCUUCCACCCGACUGCUCAGCUGCUCCUGAUCGCCACCAACAACGAGCUCCACUUCUGGGACUGGAGCCGCCCCGAGCCCUUCGCCGUGGUCAAAACGGGCAGCGACACAGAGAGAGUGCGGUUGGUGCGCUUCGACCCUCUCGGUCACAACCUGCUCACGGCGAUCGUGAAUCCAUCCAAUCAGCAGGGUGAGGAGGACUCGGAGGUUCCCAUGGACAGCGUUGAGAUGCCUCACUUCCGUCAGCGCUCCUUCCUGCCUUCCCAGCCAGUUCGCCGGACGCCCAUCCUCCACAACUUCCUCCACAUCCUGUCAUCCCGCUCCCCUGGGGCUCAGGCCGGAGGCGAACAGCAGCGGCCUCUCGGGGAAAACGGAAGUAACAUGGCCGAAUCUCCCAGCAUCCCUUUGGCCCAGUACCCCAGCUCGGAGCGCGGUCCGCCCCUGCCCGGCUGUACCCAGCACCUGGGCAUGGUGUGCAUGUGCAGUCGCUGCUCCGUCAGUCGAACGGCGCCCCAGCCAGACGGAGCCUCUGUGCCGCCGCCCGAUCCACGGGUGUCAUCGGACGCGCUCCAGCCUCCCCCGGCCUCCACAUUCUCCUCAGCUCGUACUGAGCCCCGACAGCCCUUGGAGCGAGCCUCCGCUUUUACGUCCGUCUACUACAGCGCCGGUGCUUCUCUUAACCCCGCCCCUCCAGGCGGCCACGAGCCGCACUCCACGCCCAGACCAGGACCCGACUGGACUCGCAACCUGCUGAGUGUGAGGGAGGGGGGGAUAAAUCCGGGCAUGCUGCCUCCCAGAACCUCCGCCUCCUCCUCCAUCAGCCUUCUGUCUGUGCUCCGCCAGCAGGAGGGCUCCUCUCACUCCCCCGUCUACACCUCCGCCACUGAGGGGCGGGGUUUCCCCCAGCAGGGCGAGCCCGGAGCCCGGGAUACCGCCAGCACAAGCAGCGGGCAUCACCCGUUCUGGGACGGUUCCCGUGGUAACACGGCCUCCUUCCGCAAUGUGCUGCAGUGCAACCUGAGCCGCUACUUCCUGGAGAUCGGCCCCAUCGACAUGGAGCCGGGGCUGGGCGGUGCCGUGGCCGACGGAGGCCAGGACCAGAGUCAGGAACUGCUCAACAACAACAUGGACCCGGACCGCCCCGGGCCUUCCUCAUCCUCCUCCUCCUCCUCCACCCCUACCAUCAUCCACUACCAGCCUCCCCUCCCCCCACCCCCCAGCUCCCACAGCCUGGAGAACAAUGUCUCCCCCGCCUCCCGAGGUCACCUGAACCGCUGCCGGGCCUGCCACAACCUGCUCACCUUCAACCACGACUCCCAGCGCUGGGAGCGCAAGACAUCCUCCGCCUCCACCUCUGCCUCCACCUCCAUGCUGGAGCCCCCUUCCUCCGCCUCCUCCUCUGCUUCUUUCCCUUCUCCUUCCUCUCACUGGCAGCCCGAUGAGGCCAGGAGGAUGCUCGAAGUCCAAACACAGGAGAGGAGGGCGCCUCCUGAGCCCAGCGAGCAGCCGCCUCCCCCAGCAGCAACGGUGGGAGGAGCAGGAGGAGUGGCCUUCCCUAUUGCCCCGUCCUCUAGCCAGCCUGGGGAGCAGACGGUGGGCCUGGUGUAUAACCAGGACACGGCGCAGUGGGAGCGGGUGUACCGGCAGGCUGCAUCAGGCCGGCCGGCGGAGCCACCGGAGGCCUUAAGCCAAGAAAUCCCUGUCGACCCCCCAGAUGAGGACUCCCUCAGGAGGCGGCUGCUGGAAUCGUCUCUCUUGUCACUGUCUCGCUACGACAUGUCCGGCUCCAGAGACCACCCCAUCUACCCCGACCCAGCCAGGCUUUCUCCAGCAGCUUACUACGCUCAGAGGAUGAUCCAGUAUCUGUCGAGGCGCGACAGUAUUCGCCAGCGCUCGCUCCGGUACCAGCAGAACCGGCUGCGGGCCAUGUCGUCCUCCUCGUCGGACAGCCCGGCCAGCAACCCGCCCGGCUCCAUGGACAGCAGCGACGUGGACUUUGAGGAUCUCGACGAUAACAGUGACAGAACGCGACACCGGACGCCUCGAAACGCCAGGAUGUCUGCGCCCUCGCUGGGCCGCUUCGUCCCUCGCCGAUUCCUCCUGCCCGAGUACCUGCCCUACGCCGGGAUCUUCCAUGAGAGAGGGCAGCCCGGGCUCGCCACACACUCCUCUGUCAACAGGGUGCUCGCAGGGGCAUCGAUCGGGGACGGUCAGUCUGCAGUUGCCAGCAACAUCGCCAACACCACGUACCGCCUGCAGUGGUGGGACUUCACCAAGUUUGACCUUCCUGAGAUCAGCAACGCCUCGGUCAACGUUCUGGUGCCAAACUGUAAGAUCUACAACGACGCCAGCUGUGACAUCUCUGCGGACGGGCAGCUGCUGGCGGUUUUCAUUCCCAGCAGCCAGCGCGGUUUCCCAGACGAGGGCAUCCUGGCCAUCUACUCGCUCGCCCCCCACAACCUGGGAGAGAUGCUGUACACCAAGAGAUUCGGUCCAAACGCCAUCUCCGUCAGCUUGUCUCCAAUGGGCUGUUACGUGAUGGUGGGCCUGGCCUCCCGCAGGAUCCUGCUGCAUCCCACCACCGACCACAUGGUGGCGCAAGUCUUCCGCCUGCAGCAGCCACACGGAGGAGAGACGUCCAUCAGGAUGGUGUUCAACGUGGUCUACCCCAUGGCUCCGGACCAGAGGCGCCACGUCAGCAUCAACUCGGCUCGCUGGCUGCCAGAUCCGGGGAUGGGACUGGCUUACGGAACCAACAAGGGAGACCUGGUGAUCUGCCGGCCUGUGUUCUAUCGAAGCGACGGCGAGAGCCCCAGCGAGUCGAGCAGCGAGCCGCUGUUCAGCGUCAACAACAGCGGAACGAGCCGGAGCCGAGGCUCCGACAGGCCGGGGCCGAACCGCUCCAGCUGGAGGCCGGACAGAGACAUGGGACUGAUGAACGCCAUUGGCCUGCAGCCCCGACACCCCGCCCCUUCAGUGACAUCGCAAGGAACCCAGACGCCAAUCAUCCAGCUGCAAAACGCCGAGACUCAAACGGAGAGGGAGCUGUCGGAGCCGAGCGCCUCGCAGCCUGCUCAGAGUGUCCCUCCUGAAGCUCCGUCCACCAGUGGAGCAGCUCAGGCUCAGGUGGAAGUCCCAGCUGAAGCAGAGACCGGCACCUCCACUGCCGCUGCUGGAGAAUCUUCGGAGUUCGGGUCUGGCGAGGAUGCUCUGGCACGAAUCCGCCGGCUGAUCGCUGAAGGCGGCAUGACUGCGGUGGUCCAGCGGGAGCAGAGCACCACCAUGGCCUCGAUGGGUGGCUUUGGGAACAAUAUCAUCGUCAGCCACCGCAUCCACCGCGGCUCGCAGACAGGCGCCUCCAGGCCAACCGCCGAGCCCGUCGCCACGGCCCCCUCCACCUCUGGCCCGCUCCUAGUCGCCUCGCAGCCCCAGUCCUACCUCCGCCCGGCGCCGCAGGCCACGAACCCGUCAGAACAGCUCGCUCCCGUCUGGGGCCCGCCGCCACCCGCGCUGUCUCUGGCCGUGGAUGUGGACGAUGUGUUCGACGGUGGGCGGGCGGACGAUGACUCCUUGCCUGGUCCCUCCUCUUCCUCCCUGCUGUUGUCUUCCCCCUCCUCCCCCUCCUCCUCCUCCUCUCACAGCCCCCUCCCUGGUGGUGGCGGCCCCAACAGUUACCCCGGUGACCCAUACAGCAGGUAGUCCGCCUAUUGGCUGACGGUUAAGCGGGCUCCUCAAAGCCUUAUCUCACAAAAAUGGGUGCUGCUUCGACCCCACACAGGGUCUCCCACCUGGAAACGAAGGGACACAAAAUCCUUCCCCCCCCCUUUCCCCUACCUUUCUGUUGAGCGGCGUUGGUGCUCGCGAACCUGGACCGAAGCUGGACCGCCAUCAUUCCUCACAGGAGGAACUCCUACUUGAACGUAGGCACGGAGCUCCUCCCCACCUGAUUCUCUCCCGGCACGACGGAGGUCGAGGUUCCUGACGCGCCGCGCCUGCGAAGGAGGGGGUGUUGCUUCUUUCACAUUUACUCCAACGUGCUGCGUUUGGUGCCAUGUGACGUUACCUUAGAUGUGAAAUAGUGAUUGAAGUGUUUGAACUCAGCACUACGUUUUUGUACUGUGUCACUGAUGCGUGUGCCUGAGGCGGGGCUCUGCACGGCGGCGUGGCGGUGAGAGAUUGGCAAUCACUGAACGCACACGCU